AUGUACUCACAAAAGCAGCCGGUGGUUGUUUUGAACCAAAAGACAGAGCGGCAGACCGGACGCAAGGCGCAGAUGAACAACAUUGAGGUGGCUAAGACUGUGGCCAGUCUUAUCAGCAGCACACUUGGACCGUGUGCAAUGCUCAAGAUGAUCCUUGAUCCAAUGGGCGGCACGGUGCUGACGAAUGACGGCAACUGCAUCCUUCGCGAGAUUGACGUGGUGCAUCCCGCCGCAAAGCACAUGCUGGAGCUCGCGCGUGCUCAGGACGAGGAGGUUGGCGACGGCACCACUUCUGUCAUUGUGCUCACGGGGGAAAUAUUAAGCCUGGCGCAACCCCUCCUGGAGCGUAACAUUCACCCGCUGAAGAUAGUGAAGGGCUUCUCCCUUGCACUGACGGACGCCCUGGCGGCAAUCGAGAUGAUUGGGACUACCAUUGACCCGAAUGACACGCAGCAGUUGGAGUCUGUCGUGCGGGCAUGUCUUGGCACAAAGUUUAAUUCACGUGAGGAUGAUAUUAUGUGCAAAAUGGCGGUGGCCGCGACACAGCGGGUUGUCGUAGAGAACAAGAACACGGGCCAAAAGGAGGUGGACAUCAAGCGAUACGCCAAGAUAGAAAAGAUCCCUGGCGGGUCCGUCUCCGAUAGCGUCGUGCUGGACGGUGUGAUGUUUACCAGGAUCACAUCCACGCCAAGAUGCGUCGCUACAUUGAGAACCCCCGCAAUUAUCUUUUUGGAUUGGCC